AUGUUUGCAUUUUCUUCAGCCCUGGCCGAGAAAAACGGCCAAGGCGGGGCUUCGUCCCAAGCAGUAGAAGGAAAGACCAGCCCCAAGAGUGCGAUGCAGAAUAGAAAUACUGAAACCGGGCCAUCCGACUCAGGAGUCGUUUCAGAAAAGGACGAAUUGGACCCUUCACAAGCUCCAUUCGAGAUGAAAAAUGGUUCCAAGCAGAGUGAAACGACGAAGCGAAGCUUGGACGAAGGUCUAGCCAAGCCGCUACGUGUUAAAAAGGCGGAUAAUCUGACAAAGACUCCUCUGGGAGACUCAUGUCUGGGACAGUCAAGUGUGGGCCAGUUGAGUUUGGGAACAACAGGUGCGAGCAGCUAUACAAGCGUGGAAAAGAAUAACUCUAAGGCAAUGGAAGCCAAAGUCUCCGGGAGUAAACCUACAAAGAACGGAGAUAACAGGGCCCACCAGUCUAAGCACAACAUUGGCCUGAACCCACUGCCGGCCAAUACCGCCAAAGAUGGCGCAAAUAAUGAUAUCCAAACCAAUGACGCCUACAAAAAUUGCCAGAAUAAUGGUCAGAGUAAUGCACUGGAAGAUGCCCCAAAUGUGAAAAAUGGCCAGGCCUCGGAUAACUCCAAGGAUACCCAAGGCACUCAACCCAGCAAGACAGAAACAGCAUCUGCCCAUCAUAACAAGGAUGACCAAUGCAUCCUCGGCACAGAAAAUAAAGAGUCAGAUUCGGAGACCCCUUCACGCAAUCUGACUGGUCUGCCGGGCGAGUCACGUCAUCUGACCAGUACUUUGGCCGAGUCGCGCAACCUGACCAGUCUGUCGGGCCUACUGGACAAUGGCGCGCAGUCAAGUCCGGAAACGUCGCCCGAGAGUCCACCUUCUGCGGGCGCGCGCAGCUUUGUCGCCGUGCGCAAGGGCUAUUUUGACCGGCCUCGGCAGGCGCCCUCGCCCGUGCCGCUUUCGAUGCGCUUUAUCCACAAGCCGCUGCGCUCACAAGAGGAGUACACUAAGGCGUCUGAUCCGACGCGGCGUAAUUCCGCCAUCAAUGCUGGCCUUGUUGAUGCCCCAGCUAGUCCUCUGCCAGUACCUGAGGAUUACCCCGAACACCUGCUUGUGCGGAAAAAACUGGGAGAGAUUGUGAAGCUGCUGUUGAAAGAGCACACACCUCGGUCCCGCUCGCUCCCACUGACCCCAACAUACAAACUGGUUCAUUUUGGUGGCGACGCAGACGUGCGAUAUUUCUCGCAGAAAGACCGGCCUGCGGCUAUACUGGCACUGAACUCGCCCGUUUUAGCAACUGACGACGACGAUAUGGACGACCCAGGUGCUGACCUUGACCUUGAAGUGACGUGGGACAGCUCGAGCGGUCCUGCAGAUUCCGCGGGCGGCCUUGCUGCACCGCCCCGAGAUUCUGCGUUUCCCCAGUGGCUGGUGGAUGUGCUCAACUUUCCCCCCUUGUCUUACCACGAGCGCAUGGCUGUGCGCCAUAUGCCAGUGUUUUUGGAACACAUGUUUGUGCUGGCAGACCAACGCUAUCUUUUGGGCCAAGUGGCUGUGCAUAACAUGGCGUAUGAGAAGAGCGUCGUAGUGCGAUACUCGCCUGACGCUUGGUCAACCACAAAGGAUCUUGACGCCAUAUAUGUGCCCGACACUCCGCCUGUGCUCCGGGCCCAUAACUAUGACCGAUUCAUUUUCAAAUUGGACUUGGCCAAAAUUGGUGAACGUUUUCCUGCUGGCGGAAGAUGGGACUAUGAGUUUUGCGUACGUUUCACCACACCCGACUGCGAAUACUGGGACAACAACAGUGGUUCUAACUACAUGGUGCGGCUCGAGAGGCGGCCCCGCCCUAAACAGCGUGCAGUGAGUGCAGCAGCAGUUUCGAAAGCUGACCGCUCCCAGAGACCCAAACCAAAGUAUCUGGCAUCCUUCUUGCGCCGCCAAGGCGAGUCGGACUUCGACCGCAACAACUUUUAUCUUCUGUCGCCGCUUCUUUCAAGCCUCGGCGUGCGGGACGAAUCGGAACUUCCUCAGUUCCGUGCGCAUACGGAUGAGCUGGUCUCGCCCAACUCUGCGCCCGUGUCGCCGCCUGACUCCCCAGACCCGCUCUCGAAUACACCCAAUGACCUUGCUGACCGGCAAAACCUCUCGCCAAACUCGCGGCCCUCACAGACCUCCCGCACGCCCAAGGAUAUCAGCUCCAUGUCAUACCGUGAAUUGUUGGACUCCUUUUGUUUCUUUUCGCCCUCUCGCGAUGCUUCGACAUCAACUCUCGUCAUGAGCGAUGAACCCAAUGUAUCGUUUGAUCGUGACCGUGCUCGUGGACCAUCUGGCGAUCCUGAUGCGCCAUUUACCGUGUCGUCGUUUUUACGCCAUUGA